CCACUCUUUACUUUUCCAAUUCAAGGUUUGGUAUCGGUGUUGGGCUUUGAGUGAAGCGUUUUAGCGAGGCGGAAAGCUUCUUUUCACAGAGCCAAGAUGCUGAACAUGUGGAAGGUUCGGGAGUUGGUUGACAAAGCAACCAAUGUGGUGAUGAACUACUCGGAGGUGGAGUCUAAAGUUAGAGAGGCAACCAAUGAUGACCCUUGGGGGCCGUCAGGACAGCAGAUGAGUGAAAUUUCAAGAGCAACCUUCAUGUACGAGCAGUUCCCAGAGGUGAUGAACAUGCUGUGGGCCCGCAUGCUGAGAGACAACAAGAAAAACUGGAGGAGAGUCUACAAGUCCCUACUAUUGCUUGCUCAUCUAAUCAGGAAUGGAUCAGAGCGGGUUGUCACUAGUGCUAGAGAACAUCUCUAUGACCUGAGAUCAUUAGAAAGCUACCACUUUGUUGAUGAGCAUGGGAAGGACCAAGGGGUGAAUGUGCGGCAGAAGGUGAAGGAGCUGGUGGAAUUUGUCCAGGAUGAUGAACGGCUCAGGGAAGAGAGGAAAAAAGCAAAGAAAAACAAAGAUAAAUAUGUUGGCGUGUCCUCCGACAGUAGAGGAUACAGAGGUUACUCGGGGGACAGGUAUGACUCAGAUAGCCGUGGCAGGUGGGAUGAUGACUGGGAGAGUAAUAAAGGGCAGUUCCCUUUCAGCGAUAAGUUGGGAGAGAUCAGUGACAAGAUUGGAAGCACCAUUGACGAUACCAUCAACAAAUUUAGGAAAAAGGAUAGAGACGACUCUCCAGACCGAUUUAGUGACAACGAGGAGGAACGAGGUCGCUCAUCUCAUAAUGGCAAGUCAGGCAAAGAGUUCAAAGAUGAAGAAGAGACUGUUACCACCAAGAGUGUACAAAUAGUCCAAGCAACAGAGACGACAGCUACAAGAAAGAGAGGAGGUGUCCCAUCCAGGAAAGUGGACUUAGGGGCGGCGGCCCAGUACACAGGAGACAAGAGCCCAAACGCCACCACCAAACAGCCUCAGUCUGCAGCCCCACAGCCCUCUAGCAGUGGACUCGCUGAUCUACUAAUGGUAGACACAACACCUUCAAAACCUGCUUCCACAGACUUGAUUGGUGGAUUUGCCGACUUCUCUUCACCCGCUGCUUCUGCUGGUCUUUCUGCAGGAUCUGCCGCACCAGUCUCCAGCAGCAAUGGAGACUUUGGAGAGUGGAAUGCAUUCCCUGGUGGCCAGAUGCCAGCAUCUGCUCAGUCUGUUGACACCAGUGGAAAUGACCUUUUUGGAGCCAUGACUGCAAGUCCUGCCCCUGCCCCAGUUGCAGCUGCGGGAAACAAUGCGUCCUCAGCAGAUCUAUUUGACUUGAUGGGGCCAUCUCAGACAUUCACCUCCUCUCAGAGCCUCAACUUCAGCAUGAACAGUACACAAAGCAUGAGCACCACAGGCCUGCCUCAGUCUAGGUCACAGCCAAUCCACAACAUUGGGGCGCCUCUACAACCGCAGACUGCUCAGCAGGGAGUCAUUUCUCAGGGUGCUGCAGCCAAAGCUUCCCUCCCCUCCACUUGGUCAGACCACUCUGUGAAUAUCAGCCUUGACUUUCUGGGUCCAGGCAUGCAGGCGCCCAAGCCAAGUCAACCCACCCUCAAUACACUCCAACAAGGCAACCAGGCAAGUGCUAACAUGCUCUCCCAAGGAUUUUCCACAAUGAGCCUUGGACCCUCUGCAGUCAGACCGCCUGUGAAUCCUAUGAUGCACCCUGGUGCUGGCAUGGGCAUGGGCAUGGCCUCCAACCCGAGCAUGAUGGGAAUGGGAAUGACCCCCAACCACGCAAUGAUGGGGAUGGCAAUGGCUUCCAACCAAGGGAUGAUGGGGAUGGGCAUGAACAUGGGGAUGCCACAGGGAGGUAUGCCAAUGGUAAUGCCUGGUGCCAUGGGAAUGGGGAUGAAUCCAGGAAUGGUCCAACAGUCCAAACAUGACGCCUUUGCCGACUUUGGUAACUUUGGGAAGUGAUUUUGCUGGAGAGCAGAGAUUAUAUCUGAGGGCUUGUUAGUGAAGGAUUAUGAGCUUCAAACAAAGAGUACUUGAAUCAUGUCAACUCACAAUAAACACUGCGAUGUCCUUAUUUUAAAAAAAACAAAAAACAAUGCUGUAUAGUGAAAUGGAGCUAAAUGUGUGUGUGUGUAUGGAGUUUGAACCAAUGUUGGGUGCGGUCUGGGGGUGGUCAUCAGACAGCUGUUGUAAAUUGUGUGCCUUGCCGGUUAUGAAUGCGAGGUGUGUUAUCCAGAGUAAUGUCAGGGGAUUUGCUUUUAGAACCUCAAUCAAAUGAAAUCACCAGAAUAGCAAAAAUGUAUAUGCAUCGGUUUUUGAGAUGCCUCUUCUCUAACUUUAUUGAAUGGUAAGUUUGGAUAACAUGAUCAGCCAUUUUAACUUCUAAUAUAUCAAGUUACCUCUUAUUUGUCCUUGUCUUCCUGUAGACUGUAAAUAGAAAUUCCACACUUUUCUCUGAAGUUAUGAGGAAGCUUAUCGGGGGAGAUAACAAUGUGACAAAUUACAUCAUCCAGAAAAGGAUCUGCAUUUAGAUUUAGAAUGGAGAGCAUUGUUACCUUCCCUUCCAUGUUGAGACCCAUACAUUCAUUAUGGAGCCUUGUGUCCUACUGGCAAUCAUUGACCGUGUGAAACUAAAGCUUUGAUUAAUUCAUGUCUGGAGAUUUCCACUUACAGACAUCAAUUAUCUUUGGUACUACAUAUAUGGCUUUUGUGACGGUGUACAUAUAUACAUUAUAUAUAUAUAUAAAUUACUUAAAAAGAAAAGUAUAAUUACUUUGCAUUUAAAUGAGAUAAUCAGUAGUUGGAUUUUUUUUCUUCCAAUUACAACCCAGAGUGCCUGGAAGACCUUUUUCUCUUCAGUUAACUUACUCAAGGGAGACAAUGUGACCAUGCAGUGUUGACAGCAGCAACCACACCAUGUACAAAUACGUGUUUGUACUCGUGCCUCAAGCCAAGCAAACUGUACAGAUAAUAGUUGUCUUAUUUAGUUCAAGGAUGCUGUUUGAUUGUCUUUUGGACAUCUUUACUUCCUCCCUUUUGAGUUAUUGUACUUCUGUUGGCUCAGACUGUUUUCUGAUUACAUCAAAUGUGUGCUUUACUUCUUAUUCAUGUCUCUACCCUUUUUUUUUUUUUUUUUUUUUUUUUUAAACAUUUACAGGAGCUCAUGUGCUGUCCCAUGUGUUGUCAGUUCCUGCAUGUGUGUGUGUCCCUCACAGCUUAGCAGAUAUGAGUAGAACAAUCCUGUUCACUUUGAACCGGUGCUGAUCUGUUAGAAGAGCAUACAAAGCACUGCUCCUCAACUGGACUAAGUGCCCCCUGACCCUCGUAACUGUACUAUCAUAUAAAUCUUGGGUGCCUGACAUCUUUGGUUUGCCAAUGAUAUAAAUUAUUCACUGGCCAGAGUACAAGGAAGUGCAUUCUGCAGCCUGGGAGGGCUCAUGAGGCCUUGCACACCGAUAAUAUUGUAGCCUUUUAUUGAAAUAUGGAGCAUUACAAUGACCAAAAUUAGUUUUCUUUCAUUAGAGUUUGUCUUAUGCAGUUUUUUUUCUACUUUUGAUCUUCUCACAAAAUGGCAUUGUUACUUAAACAAUAGUAUAUGCAACUAUCAAGAAUUUGUUUUGCAUUAUUUCCAUUUUGUGUUACACAGCAAGUUUGCCUAUCUACAACAUUAAACAGUUGAUUGAAAUGACUUA